GUCCUCAGUGUAGAAAGAGAUCCAGAACACGUCCUGUACUACAGCACCUGAGUGAACCCAAUGAUGCAAGAGGCUCUGAAAACAUGGAUGACAGCCUGGAGAGAGCCAUAGUAAACCACAAAGACAGUCUGACAAGGAGGUAUGAAUGUGUGAUAGAAGGUAUGGAAAAAGCAGGGAAUCAAACUCCCCUCAACAGGAUUUACACAGAGCUCUACAUCACAGAAGGAGAGAGUGAAGGGGUUAACAAUGAACAUGAGGUGUGGCAGCUAGAGACAGCAUCCAGGACACCAACCUCACAUGACACAGCAAUCCACUGCAAUGACAUCUUUAAACCCUUACCUGGCCAAGAGAGAAGCAUCAGAACCGUGCUGACGAAGGGCGUCGCUGGCAUCGGAAAAACUGUCUCUGUGCAGAAGUUCAUCCUAGACUGGGCUGAAGGGAAGGCAAACCAAGAUGUCAAUAUCAUAUUUCUGCUUCCUUUCCGGGAGCUGAACUUGAUCAAAGAUCUCCAGUACAGUCUUCUCAGACUUUUAAAUGUGUUCCACACAGAACUAGACAUAGGCAAUGCAAAGAAACUCACUGCCUGUAAAGCUAUGUUCAUCUUGGAUGGUUUGGAUGAAAGCAGAUUUCCAUUGGAUUUCCAGCAUAUUGAAAUGAUGUCUGAUGUCACACAGGCAUCGUCUGUUGAUGUUCUGCUGACAAACCUCAUCAAGGGAAAUCUGCUUCCCUCUGCUCUCCUCUGGAUAACUACUCGACCUGCAGCAGCCAAUCAGAUCCCUUCAGGGUGUGUUGACCAGGUGACAGAGGUACGAGGGUUCAACGACCCACAGAAGGAGGAGUACUUCAGGAAGAGAUUCAGUGAUGAGGAUCUGGCCAGCAGAAUCAUCUCACACAUAAAGACAUCAAGGAGCCUCCACAUUAUGUGCCACAUUCCAGUCUUCUGUUGGAUUUCUGCAAUAGUCCUUGAACACAUAUUGAGUACAGACAAGAGGAGAGAGAUGCCCACGACUCUGACUGAGAUGUCCAUACACUUCCUGCUCAUUCAGACCAGCCUGAAGAACCAGAAGUAUCAUGGAAGAGAUGAGAUGGAUCAAGAGGAGCUCAUGGAGUCAGAUAAGGAAAUUCUUCUAAAGCUGGGUAAGCUGGCAUUUGAGAAUCUGGAGAAGGGUAAUCUCAUGUUCUAUGAAGAAGACCUGAAAGAGUGUGGCAUUGAUGUCAAAGAAGCCUCAGUGUACUCAGGAUUGUGCACACAAAUCUUUAAAGAAGAGUCUGUGUUAUUUCAGAGAGUGGUGUACUGCUUUAUUCAUCUGAGCAUUCAGGAGUUUCUCUCAGCUGUCUACAUGUACCAUUGUUACACAACCAAGAACAUGGAUGAACUGAAGCCCUUCCUCAAGAGAAAGUCUAGAGCCGCGUCUGAAGAGCUAACCUUGCAUGACCUGCUGAAGAGUGCUGUGGAUAAAGCCUUGGAGAGUAAGAAUGGACACCUGGACCUUUUUGUCCGCUUCCUUCAUGGCAUGUCACUGGAGUCCAAUCAGAAACUCCUACGAGGUCUGGUGACACAGACAGAAAGCAGUCCAGAGAGCGUCCAGAAAACGAUCCGAUCCCUUAAGGUGAUGCAGAGGAAGAACAUCUCCCCUGAGAGGUGCAUCAAUCUCUUCCACUGUCUGAUAGAGAUGAAAGACCAUUCAGUACAGGAGGAAAUCCAAGAGUACUUGAGGUCAGAGGACAGAUCCAAAAACCUCACACUUGCUCACUGUUCAGCGUUGGCCUACAUGCUGCAGAUAUCAGAGGAGGUUCUGGAUGUGUUUGACCUGAAGGAAUACAAGACAUCACAGGAGGGUCGCAGGAGACUGCUCCCAGCUGUGAGGCACUGCAGGAAAGCUCUACUCACUGGCUGUAAACUCACAGACACGUCCUGUGAAGUGUUGCUCUCAGCUCUCAGUUCAAACUCCUCACACCUGAGAGAGCUGGAUCUGAGUAACAAUGACCUGAACGAUUCAGGAGUGAAGCUCCUCUCUGCUGGACUGGGGAAUCCCCACUGUAAACUGGAGACUCUGAGACUGUCAGGCUGUCUAGUCACAGAGGAAGGCUGUGCUUCUCUGGUCUCAGCUCUGAAGUUAAACCCCACACACCUGAGAGAGCUGGAUCUGACUAACAAUGACCUGAAGGAUUCAGGAGUGAAGCUCCUCUCUGCUGGACUGGGGAAUCCCCACUGUAAACUGGAGACUCUGAGACUGUCAGGCUGUCUAGUCACAGAGGAAGGCUGUGCUUCUCUGGUCUCAGCUCUGAAGUUAAACCCCACACACCUGAGAGAGCUGGAUCUGAGUAACAAUGACCUGAAGGAUUCAGGAGUGAAGCUGCUCUCUGCUGGACUGGGGAAUCCCCACUGUAAACUGGAGAUUCUGAGACUGUCAGGCUGUCUAGUCACAGAGGAAGGCUGUGCUUCUCUGGUCUCAGCUCUGAGGUCAAACCCCUCACACCUGAGAGAACUGGACCUGAGCUACAAUCACCCAGGAGACUCAGGAGUCAGACUGCUCUCUGCUGGACUGGAGGAUCCACACUGCAGACUGGAGAAACUCAAUGUGGAACAUGGUGGAGAGAACAGAAUGAAACCUGGGCCUAGAAAAUAUGGUUGUGAUCUCACACUGGACCCAAACACAGUAAACAGACUCCUCUCUCUGUCUGAGGAGAACAGAAAGGUGACGUGUAGGAGAGAGGAGCAGCCAUAUCCUGAUCACCCAGAGAGAUUUCAGGACCAUAAACAGGUGCUGUGUAGAGAGGGUCUGACUGGGCGCAGUUACUGGGAGGCAGAGUGGAGUGGGAGUAUGGCUCUUAUAGGAGUGACAUAUAAAGGAAUCAGCAGGAGAGGAUGGCGCAAUGACUGUGAUAUUGGAUACAAUGACAAGUCCUGGAGUCUGAAUUGCUCUGGCAACAGUUACUCUGCCUGGCACAAUAAUAAUCACACUACCAUAGCCGUUCCCUCCUCCAGCUCCCACAGAGUAGGAGUGUAUCUGGACUGGCCAGCCGGCACUCUGUCCUUCUACAGAGUCUCCUCUGACACACUGACCCACCUGUACACAUUCCACACCACAUUCACUGAGCCCCUAUAUCCAGGGUUUUAUGUUUGGUAUAACACGUCAGUGUCCCUGUGUCAGGUGGUCCCUGUGUCAAACACAACAUGAUGUUUCACUCUAAUCCUGGUCAUGUUCAGUAAGACACACUGGAGCAACAAUGUAGAAUAUCUCUCUAGUGUGUAAACAUAUGAUUGUAAAUAUUCAUGAAUACACACCAUUGAAGUUGACAGACAUUGUCAACUAGAGUAAUUUAUUAAUAUAAUGAAUCACCACACUGUCUUGUAAAAACUGUUUUCAUUUAGAAAUAAUUUGUCUUGAUGUUAUUGGGCUUCUUGGUGUUUGUAAAAAUUGUUGUCAAAAAUAUGUAUUUGUCUUGACACAACAAUCUUGUUUCUGUAUAAACUCAAUUCCACUGAAUGAAAUGUACAUGUGACAGAAGUGACUAAAGUUUAAUCAACCAGAUGAAAGAAGAGAGGUGUAAAUGUUUUAAUAUUGAUCAGAGUAUUGUAGUACACUGAAUGAAUGUACAGUGUGGUGGCAGAAUUGGUGUGAGCUGUUGUAUCUUCUAAAAGGACAUGUUCUGUGUUGGACUGUGAUGUCAUGCCUUUCAUAGAGUCCUGGUCUCACCCUAACACAAGGCCAUUGUGUUCCGGAACUUUCGCUUGUAUAAAAUAACUGUUGUAUAACAAUGUGAUUGUGUUAUUACCUCCCACUCUAGAAGGGACAUGUAACCGUUUACUCUUUGAGCUCCUUCCCUGUGAAAUCAGAUCUCCCUCGCAGCUGCUUGAUUAAAGGUUUUUCUAUUAUACAAUGAAA